AUGAAGCUGGCCCACGGUGUCACUGCAUUACCGACUUUUAUGCCUGUGGCCACUCAAGCUGCGAUCAAGGGGCUUACACCCCAGCAAAUGGACAGCCUCGGUGUUUCGCUUAUACUGAAUAAUACGUAUCAUCUCAAUCUUCGGCCUGGUAUCGAAACCUUGAAAGAGGCUGGCGGCGCACACAAGUUCCAGGGUUGGAAUCACAAUCUACUUACUGAUAGCGGCGGCUUCCAACUCGGUAAAGCUGAACUUUCGGAGCAAGGGGCAGCCGGCGCAAAAGAAGGGGCCCUGUUCGCCAGCCCAUUUGAUGGUUCACCGACAAUGUUGACGCCAGAAGAAAGCAUGUCGAUACAACAUGCUAUCGGUGCCGACAUCAUUAUGCAGCUUGACGACGUAGUUCCCAGCCUCGAGACCGGACCCCGUGUGGAGGAAGCUUCGCGCAGAUCAGUGCGGUGGUUGGAUCGAUGCAUCGACUUCCAUGAGACGUCUGGCCGACAAGAUAUUCAGAACCUCUUCGCCAUUGUGCAGGGGGGAUUGGAUCCUGCACUCCGUGCACAAUGCUUGGACGAGAUGGUAAAGCGCAAAGACCGGGUUGCCGGAUAUGCUGUGGGUGGCCUUAGCGGUGGAGAGGAGAAAGAGGUAUUCUGGAAGAUCAUCAAACAAUGUGCCGACGGACUACCGAUAGAUCGUCCUCGGUACGCCAUGGGGAUAGGUUACGCAGAAGAUUUACUCGUCUGUGUCGCUCUCGGGAUCGAUAUGGCUGACUGCGUCUUCCCCACAAGAACCGCGCGGUUCGGUGUGGCGCUGACACACAAAGGCUCGCUCAACCUCCGUUUACGCAAAUACGCAGGAGAUCUUCUGCCCAUAGAUAGCGAUUGCCCUUGUCCGACAUGCAGUGACGGGACGUCCCGUGCCAUGCUACAUCACACGCUGACGAGAGAAACGGCUGCAGCCCAUGCUGUUUCCCUUCACAACUUGACAUUCCAGGCGCGGGUCAUGGGCGGAGCUCGCAACGCAAUUAUGGAGGGGGAGUUCCCAACAUAUCUAAAGUCAUUCUUCAAAGACUACUUCGGCGAACAGGGGUACCCUGAGUGGUGCGUCAAUGCUCUGCGAAGUGUCGGUGUUGAUCUCUUGGAAGGUCAGCCGGGUGCGCAUGUUGUUGAAGGCAGUGGCGCGCGCUGGGAGUAUUCUGAUGCAUCCUGA